AUGGAGAAACGGGACGUUGUUGACUGGGUGUAUACAGAUAAUACGCGUCCAAAUGGACGAUUUCCACGGGGAACCUUUCACAAAAGAAGACCCGGUAGACGACCAUAUUACCAAAAUACUCAUCAUCACAUAACACAUGCCAACUACCAAAAUACUCGCAACGCCAGUAGCACUAGUAAUAGUCCAAUCGAUGAUGAUAACGCCGCCGUCAACACCACCACCAACAAUAAUUAUGCCUCAUCAUCAUCUCAACCGAUCAACAAUUAUAUCAGUACCGUCAAUGGGGGCACAAAUUUGAAUCCGCAUCAUUAUGUGGAAUUCUAUCUGAAACGAAUUGAAAUUGAGGAUUACACGGAACAAUUGGAGAACGUGGACGAUUAUAAACUAUUGAAAUUCCGCUAUAAGUAUAUGCAAGAGACUAUUAGUAUUUUCUUCAAUGAAGGUCGAUGUAAAAUUUUUUUGCCAUUGGAUGUGCUUGAUGCUGUGAAUAAAAUACAGAGCGAUACUAUCGUGUUGAUUUUUAAACCUGAUGCAAAACAUAUGAUAUCUUACGAUUCUCGAGAAAUCAUCACUGAUGGAGAGGAUACGAUUCGUCAGAGUCUGAACAAAGCAACACAAAUUAGGAUAGUUGCGAAUGAUGCAACUCCACAACAACCGCUUGAUUUGUGUGGACUUCACAUUAAUUAUCAAUUGAAUAAGAGGAAUAAAGGAGGCCAAGGAGGUAGUCAUGUCACAAAUUGGGGUCGUAUCUCGCCUUCGUUACCGCCUGUGCCGGAUGAAAUGAUUAUCAAAUGUCAUGUAGGUGCAAAAGAGAAUGAAGAAAUACGUAUUUUACGAUUUCCUAUCUCGACGCUCUACGAAGACAUCAAGAAAGAUAUUCAAGAAGCAUUUGGCCUCACCGAGAUAAGAAAAUUGAAAUAUAAAGAUGAUGAGUCGGAGUUCAUAUCAAUUUGUAACAGCACCGAUUUCGAAACAGCUUAUAAACUGUAUGCUCGAAAUAAAAGGUUGGAAGUAUGGAUCAUAUCACGUUGA